ACAGAAAAUCCUUCUCGCGUGUAUAGGAUACGAUGAAUGUCACGGAAGACUGGCUAUGAAAGACACAAAACCCUCCUUCUUUGGGUGCCCUGACAGGUAUCCUGAGCCGUGGAUGGGCUCGGCUCUGCUCCCACCGAUCUGCCAGCUYGGCCCGGGGCCCGUGUGCUGCCUCCUUUCCUGCGGAGCUCCAUUCCAGCACGGCUUCGCACAUCCCCGGCUGCAGCUGCCGGCACGGGGAAGCUGUGCCCUGGAGGAGGGCCUGGAGCGCCGGCAGCAGCGAGGGAGGAGCAGCCGAGGCUGCUGAGGCUGUUCCAGCGGCACCGCCGCUGCUGAGGGCGCGGGGCGGGGGCUGUCCCCUCACGGACCCGCGCUCGGGGUCGCGCCGCGGAGAGGCCGCGCUAGGAGAGGGACCCUGGCUCCGGUCCCCACUGUGCCCCAGGUUUGCAACUAUGGUGAAGGAAGAUGAUAGAAAUGACAGUAAAGAUUCUGAUCCAUCAGUCUAUGACAGAAAUGGCAUGGUUCCCAUGCAUGAGCAAAGUGAGGGAACAGUAGCAGAUGCCAAAAUUACUGAUGGGAAUAUACAAACAGAAGAAACUGCUCUCUUGAACCACUGCAUUCAGCAACCUCCUGAACCAACAGCAGGCUCUUCAGCACCUGCAAGAACAUGGAGGAGAAUAUUUGCAUGUCCUCCUCAGGGUUUACUGGCCCAAAYAGUGACAAAUGUUGCAUUCGYGGUCCUGUUUUGGGCUGUGGUUUGGUCCAUAACUGGGGCUGAGAGUCUCCCAGGUGGAAAUCUGUUUGGAAUUAUGUUAAUUUAUUUCUUUGCUGUCAUYGGAGGUAAAAUUUUUGGAUUCAUUAAAAUAGGAACACUACCCCCUCUCCCUGCUCUUCUGGGGAUGUUACUUGCUGGUUUCUUAAUCCGCAAUACCUGGUUCAUCAGUGACCUUGUCCAGAUAAASCUACGCUGGUCUGCAGCACUGAGGAAUAUUGCCCUUUCCAUUAUCUUGACCCGAGCAGGACUCGGCCUGGAUGCAAAGGCUCUCAAGAAGCUCAAAGGCGUGUGUUUACGGCUUGCUUUCGGACCAUGCCUCUCAGAAACCUGCACAGCUGCUGUCCUUGCCUACUUAUUCCUGCRUUUGCCAUGGCAAUGGGGAUUUAUAUUAGGUUUUGUUCUAGGUGCAGUCUCCCCUGCUGUGGUGGUUCCCUCAAUGCUGAUUUUACAAGCUGGGGGAUAUGGGGUGGAGAAAGGUGUUCCAACUUUGCUAAUGGCAGCUGGCAGCAUUGAUGACAUUCUGGCUAUCACAGGCUUCAACACUUGCCUUGGGAUGGCUUUCUCCUCUGGUUCCACUCUGUACAAYGUGCUCCGUGGAGUGCUGGAGGUUGCUGUUGGCAUAGCCACUGGGGGAAUUCUGGGAAUGUUUAUUCGAUAUUUCCCAAGCCAUGAUCAGGCAUCUCUGGCAUGGAAGAGAUCAUAUUUUGUACUUGGACUGUCCAUGUUUGCUGUUUUUGGCAGCAUCUACUUUGGCUUCCCUGGAUCAGGAGGGCUCUGCACGUUAGUCUUAGCUUUUGUUGCAGGUGUGGGAUGGUCUGAUGAAAAGAGGGAAAUAGAAAAGAUUGUGGCAAUUGCAUGGAAUAUCUUUCAGCCUUUCCUUUUYGGUUUAAUUGGAGCAGAAGUGUCUGUUACAUCUCUUAGGCCUGAAACCGUUGGGUUCUGUGUUGCUAUAUUAGGCAUUGCCCUAGUUGUGCGAAUCAUAGCAACAUUCCUGAUGGUGUCUUUUGCUGGGUUUGAUUUCAAGGAGAAGGUAUUUGUCUCACUGGCAUGGAUUCCUAAAGCCACAGUCCAGGCUGCAAUAGGUUCUCUUGCCCUGGAUACAGCAAGACGACAUCAAGAUGAGCAACUGGAAAAGUAUGGAAUGGAUGUACUGACCGUAGCUUUCUUGGCUAUCUUGAUCACUGCUCCAAUUGGAGCCCUGGUUAUUGGCUUGGCAGGCCCCAGACUUUUGCAGAAGGCUCAGACAAAUAGCARGGAGGAUGAGGAAGGUGCUGAGGUUGGAGAAGAGGCCGAGACCUGUGAACCUUCGUAAGACAGACACCUACAGCAGUCUGGUCCUUCAACCCUGACACUUCUGUGGAGCAAACACGGCAUGUCUCUAAUCUUGCUGGAAGCAACUAAAGCUAUCAGUUACCCCUGCUAUUUUUAAAGCAGUCCUGGUGGAGUUCUGUAAAAUAUUUGUAUGUGAUGAUGGUGCCUUGAGAUGAAAUAGCUGAAAAUACAGUGAAUAAGAUGGCCUGGCAGUGAGUCACUGAGAAGUUGGAAGUCAGCAGUUACUAGGAAUGUGUGGGUGAUGAGGCCAGAGAGAGGGUCAGAAUUGUUCAAACAUGGAGUGGAGUCAUGAARUGGAAAAGAAACAGGAGAAAGUGGAGACUAAUGUGAAUAACUUCUUGAUGGUUGAAACUGGGCUAUGAGAUGACAAGUUCAACAACUCAAAGAAGGCAACUUCCAAGUAAGAGACUGCUGACAUAGAGUGAAUGAGUCCUGCCAUGGGUUGGUGAUUCCCUUYCCUUUUUCAUUUGUGUUCUAAAACUUGCCUUUUCCUAUUACUGUUGUUCCUCACAGCURAUGCACUCCAUUGUUUCUUUGAGGGACUGUUGGCUCCGGCCGUAGCAAGGAAUGGCAAGUGGUACUUACAUGCUCAGAGAGGCAGUUGGGCAUCAUGGACUGGGGUAAUACAGGUAUUGAUGCUGGCAGAAAAAAAGAUGGAGCUUGAAAAUGGGGUGAGGGUUGUGGGAUAGCGAUAAGGACUGGGAGAGAGUUGUAUGGGAUUGGGAUGGCUGCUUCUUUGCCUGUACCUCAGCCUUCACACAACAUGUCAAGGGAGAAAUGCUGUCCCACAGGGAGGAGUACCUCUGUUGAUGAAAACCCUGCUUUUGCCUUUUAGCUGUGGUGCCUCUUGACAGAUGCCAGCAGAUCUGUCUUCCUCAGCUACAUUUUGUACUAGUAACCAGCUCCAAGUAAGUCGUUACUAACUCCAUUCUGAGGCUGAGACMUGGGUCAGUAGAGCAUCCCUCAGAAACUGGAAGUUACUUUGUUAUUUUUGGAAUUGUGCCUUUAAGUGAGGUGGACAGGACCCUCCUGCAGAUUCCUAUGCUACCACUGAACUCAUUUGAUGUGAUACUGUGUAGAAUACAUUUGAUGUGUCUAGAUUUCCAUAUUAGUAAGAACUAAUCAUCUCUAUUUUAACUUUUACUUUUUUAAUAUGCAAAACAAAAAAUGUAGAAAAAUACUUCUAACUACUUAAAUACUUCUAAUGUUGACACUGCACUAUUUGCAGUGUAUUAUAUGCCUCUGUAUCCAGAUGAGCUGUAUACAGAUCAAUGUGCAUCCCUUUGUAAAAGCCUUCCUCUCCAAGCAGAAAGAGUUCACAGCCUGCGAUUCCAGCAUGGUGAUAAAAAUACCARGAAAUUCUUUGGUAAGUUUUUCCCUAACAGUUGUCAAGUGCAUUUUUUUUUCCUAUACACACUGCAGUUCUCUCUGCUUCCUCAGGAAUGUACCAUCUUUAGUUCAGUUCCAGUGUGUCUCCUGGCCUGCAAGGAAGAUACUUUCAAACCACUUGAUGGGUUUGAAGCUGAAGCAAUGGUUAAGGGUGCUGUGCUUGGUCAUUACUGUGUCAUCCCUGGACUUAUGUGCCUAUUCUGCCUACUUAACAUGCAGUCCUGGUGUCCUCUGGGCUCAGUAUUGGGUCCAGUCCUGCUCAGUAUUUUUACUGAUGAUCUGGAUGAGGGGAUCAAGUGCUCCCCCAGUAAAUUCAUGGACCCCACCAAGUUGGGAGGGAAUGUGGAUCUGCUGGAGGGGAGGAAGGCUCUGCAGAGGGAUCUGGACAGGCUGGAUGGAUGGGCUGAGGUCAGCAGGAUGAGGUUCAACAAGGCCAAAUGCUGAGUUCUGCCCGUGGGUCACAGCAAGCCCAGGCAGUGCCAUGGGCUGGGGACAGCGUGGCUGGGAAGCUGCCCAGGGGAAAAGGCCCUGGGGGUGCUGGUGACAGCAGCUGAAUGUGACACAGCGUGUCCCCAGACCAGGGCAGGGAUUGUCCCUCUGUACUCAGCACUGCUCAGGCCACACCUCAAGGGCUGUGUCAGUCCUGGGCCCUCACUGCAAGGACAGGGAGGUGCUGGAGUGAGUCCAGAGAAGGGAAAGGAGCUGGGGAAGGGUCUGAGAGAGCACGAGUCCUGUGAGGAGGGGCUGAGGGAGCUGGGGUUGUUCAGCCUGGAGAAAAGGAGGCUCAGGAGAGACCUCAUCACUCUACAGCUCCCUGACAGGAGGCUGUGCCAGGUGGGGAUCGGCCUCUUCUCCCAGGAAACUGUGACAGGAUGAGAGGACUGAGGCUUAAGCUGUACCAGGGAAGGGUUAAGUUGGACUUAAGGAAAAAUUUCUUUGCAAAAGGGAUUGUUAAACAGUGCCAUGGACUGCUCAGGAAGGUGGUGGAAUUGUCAUCCCUGGAAGUGUUUCAGGCAAGACUGGGCAUGGCACUUAGAGCCAUGGUCUAGUUUACGUGGUGGUCAUUGAUUGGAUUCAAUGACCUCAGARGUCUUGUCCAACUUCACUGAUUGUAUGAUUCUGUGCAAUAGGUGUGGUUUUAAUAGGAGGUUAAGUAUUUGAAAAUUGUAAACCUAACUGCCAAGAUGAGGGAAGUGUUCAGUUCAUCAGUGACUGUCUAUAAAAUAGUUCUAUUUAAGCAGAACUUACAGGARUUCACUUUUUCAUGAAGUUUUAUAAAAAAUUAGAAUCCUCCCACAAGGAUCACUAUGCCAAAUUUGGAAUCUGUUCAAUGACAGAAAUGUGGUGAUGUAAGAAUUACAGCCCUUUAAAUUUGCACACAACCUUAAGUACAAAAGCAAACUCCAAUGAAGAGUCCUUGUUCACGAUAGCCUGUAAUACUUCCUCACCAGCAGAACAGCAUGUCAUAAAUGGGAUUUACCAUGUUUCCUUAACCUCAGUGCACUCUCAAUUAUACCUUACAUCACUACCACCAUUGUGAGUGCCUGAAUAAUCUGUACCAAUGAAAAGUGUCAUCUGUUUUGCUAAUCUAAAUGUGAUUGAAUCAAUUUUUCUUUCCCUGCCAUUUUAUCUGGGUAUUUCUUACGAGAUCCCUUUUCCCCAGCUUUUAUUAAAUCUUUAAAAAAAAAUCAGGUUGAAGCUAUUACAUAGAYCUGCAAAUCUAAAAUUAAAAGCUUUAAUGCUUUAUAAUGUUCCUUUUCUUAACUUCCAGAAAGGAAGAAAACACUUGCAUCUUUUCAUUAAAGGAUAUGUUAUAUUAGGACUAAGAACCUAAGAGACUGAGUUUUUUAUUUAGUAUCAUGACAAUUUCAGCUGCUUUWAAAUAGCAGUUAACUUUAAGAGACUCGAUUUUACUUUUUAUCACAGAUAGUGUGGGUUAAUCAUAACAUUCAAGACCACGUCCCUCUCAACAAGAUGACAUGGGAAUCAUUAAUGAAUAAGGCAGAAAUUCAAGCCACUAAAAUCAUUUUACCAUGGUAGUCUCUGACUUGCAGGAAAUAAAAUCAGAGCACAGUGUGCAGUAACUGAUAACCACAGAGUCCCACUGUCAUGCAGACGUAAUCACAGGCAUARUGUGGGGGAACUCUGAGCAUGCUGUUCCAGAAGGUUCACAAGAACCUCUGCAGCAGAAAGAUCUGACAGCAGAAAGUGUUCCCAGCAGCCAACAUCCGGAUAAGUUACAGCAGGCAGYAUAUGGGAAAAGACAGAAAUUGGCCAUCUGGAAGCAGGGAGUCACACAGGCCAGGAGAUGUGGUGAUAAUGUGAUUAUAAUCACUGCUUACUCUCUYUUUUGCAGCCAAAUGGAGCUUUUUAUGGAAUUUAAACUGAAGUCUAAAAUUAACUGAAACAGCCAUGAUGUAAUACAACCACAAAAUGUUGGAUGACAGUUUCUGCAACUUGCUUUUUAAAUAGAGUGCAACAGAUCAAAUUUUUGGUCAACUGCACUUCAAUUACAUUUACUUUGUCUAGUAGUUGCCCAGAGUCAGACACCUUUCUCUAAAUCUGUUUUACAAGUUUAUUUGUAGCCUAUUACAACUAUGUUCAAAAUAAUAAUGAAAAGAAAGGUAAACAUUGCUGUUCUUGUAGAGUAAAUAGGUGUCACAACACACCAACUUCAGUUUCCCCAGAUUUUACAUACAGACUGAAGACCUGGUCCUACUACAUCAGUUCUGGUCUUCAUUAGYAUUCAGGGCAAAUUUAUUCCUUUGUGUGGAGCUUCCCAAUUAAAGAAGUCAGGUAAUUGGUUCAACUUGCUCAGUUGGUGGUGAGAUUCUGGGCUGUACAGGCACUUCAGCUUUUAGYUGUCUGUCUCUGUAGACUUUCGAUAGAUAAUUUAAACAGAUUAGUAAAUUCUUUGAGAUUUUCUAUAGAAAGUUCYGUGGACAUGAGACAGCAUUACCUUGACAGAUUUUGAAAUGCAAAGAAAACAAGGAUUUAUCUUGCUGGUGAUUCUCAUUGUAUUAUUAUCUAGUGGAAAUUACUAAAAUGUCCUUUCAGUAGAGGAACUGUGACGUGCUCCUGCAACACU